GGAGAGAGAAAGUGAGGAGAGAAGUUGUGUUUAGACUCUCCGGAGCGCUUUUAUUUACUUGUUAUCCGCUCUAUAACACAGUUACAGUGCUAUUGUACUGUAUAGUGCUCUAAACCGCAGCGUUCAGUUCAGUUUUCCUGCGGAACCUCUGAAGAGGCAGUUCAGCCGGACUGUGGAGUAAAGGCGCUUCUCCGCGGACUGAGAGCUGCUGCUGCUGAGUUUCCUCGCGCCUGUCUGCAGCAGCUCGGCCGGACCUCGCGUGUGAGUUGAACACGGAGGGUGUUCUGAUCUUCCCGGCGCUCGUGCACUGCGUCGUCUCCCGCUGUGAGUGCUGGGGACUGCUGCGUUCUGACCGGGAGCACCGCGAACCGGGAGUCUGUUGUCAUGGCUACUGAGGACGCCAUCUCCGCGAGCUCUGUGUGAACCAAAUGAACAUAUUCUCCUGAAACCAGGAUAGACAAAGAGCAAUGUUAACCUGCUGAAAGAGGUGAAGCAAAAGCCGUCCAGAAGAAUCUUCAGAACACGCAGAAACAGUUUGAUACGUUUAACAGACAAAUGAAGACAAGUCCCAACAUGGAGAAACAUCAGCACUCUGUCAAGAGUUUUAAUAAACAGAGUAAUCUCAAAAAACACCAGCGCAUUCACACAGGAGAGAAACCGUAUUACUGCUCAGACUGUUGGAGGAGUUUUUCUGAACAGGGUAAUCUCAAAAAACACCAGCGCAUUCACACAGGAAAGAAACCGUAUUACUGCUCAGAGUGUGAGAGAAGUUUUACUCAACAGAGUAAUCUCAAAAUACAUCAGCGCAUUCACACAGGAGUGAAACCGUAUCACUGCUCAGUCUGUGGGAAAAAUUUUAAUCAAAAGAGUGUUCUUCAAAAUCACCAGCGCAUUCACACAGGAGAGAAACCGUAUUACUGCUCAGACUGUAGGAAGAGUUUUACUACACAGAGUGAUCUCAAAAAACACCAGCGCAAUCACACAGGAACUGCUGAAAGAGGUGAAGCACAAGCCAUCCAGAAGAAUCUCCUGAAAACGCAGAAAUUGUUUGCUACAUUUCACAGACAGAUGGAGCCAAGUCCCGACAUGGAGAAACAUCAGCACUCUGUCAAGAGUUUUACUAAACAGAGUGAUCUCAAAAAACACCAGCGCAUUCACACAGGAGACAAACCGUAUUACUGCACAGACUGUGGGAAGAGUUUUAAUCAACAGAGUGAUCUCAAAAAACACCAGCGCAUUCACACAGGAGAGAAACCGUAUCACUGCUCAGACUGUGGGAAGAGUUUUAAUCAACAGAGUCAUCUCAAACUGCACCAGCGCAUUCACACAGGAGAGAAACCGUAUCACUGCUCAGACUGUGGGAAGAGUUUUACUCAUCAGAGUACUCUCAAAAAACACCAGCGCAUUCACACAGGAGAGAAACCGUAUCACUGCUCAGACUGUGGGAAGAGUUUUAAUCAACAGAGUGCUCUCAAAAAUCACCAGCGCAUUCACACAGGAGAGAAACCGUAUUACUGCUCCGAUUGUGGGAAGAGUUUUACUGAACAGAGUAGUCUCAAAAUACACCAGCGCAUUCACACAGGAGAGAAACCGUAUCACUGCUCAGACUGUGGGAAGAGUUUUACUGGACAGAGUACUCUCAAACUGCACCAGCGCAUUCACACAGGAGAGAAACCGUAUCACUGUUCAGACUGUGGAAAGAGUUUUACUAAACAGAGUAGUCUCAAACUGCAUCAGCGCAUUCACACAGGAGAGAAACCGUAUCACUGCUCAGACUGUGGGAAGAGUUUUACUCAACAGAGUAAUCUCAAACUGCAUCAGCGCAUUCACACAGGAGAGAAACCGUAUCACUGCUCAGACUGUGGGAAGAGUUUUACUAGACAGAGUGAUCUCAAAAUACACCAGCGCAUUCACACAGGAGAGAAACCGUAUCACUGCUCAGACUGUGAUAAGUGUUUUACUACACAGAGUCAUCUCAAACUGCAUCAGCGCAUUCACACAGGAGAGAAACCAUAUCACUGUUCAGACUGUGGGAAGAGUUUUACUUUACAGAGUGAACUUAUAUUACAUCAGUGCAUUCACAAAAGAUAGAAAAGUAUCCCAAAUCUGUUCCUCUGCCAUAAAAAAUGCAAACCUUAAAUCUUUCAGACAGCCAAAAACACCUCAUCAUGCACAAAAUCUUCACUCUGUUACAAGAACUUCAUUUAAAAAUGGCUUUUUACAGGUUCAGAAAAAUGAAUCUUAUCCAGAUGAUGUUUACUGAAUUUCAUGCUGUGUUUUUAUGUAUGUUUGUAUACCUACAUUAGUUAAUGCCUGCAGAGCUCUUCAACACUUAGUGUUGUGUUUUAAGAAGUUUUUACACACAGAAUCAUAAAUGGUACCACUAACAGCAUAAACUAGGAACAUACAUUUUUACAAUUUUUUCAGUGAUAUGCUGAAUAAAUAGUAAAGCGAUGAUGCUAGCUCAGAGUAAAAUCGUAUAUUAAAUCUCAGCAUUAGCUUUAGAACUAAUAAUAAACAAAAGUGAGGAUUUUAUAAUUCUGGGACAUUUUUAGGUUUAAAAAUUGAAUAUGCUUUGCCAUAAGUAGGAAAUGAUCAUUUGGUCAACUUAUGUCAUUUACAGCCUUAACACAUUCUCAAUUGUUUACAUAUAAAAACUUUCUUUAUUUUUUCCUCCACUCCACGUUUGUAGUUUGUAGUUGGAGCGAGGGCACUGCCAGUGUUUGCUCCAGAUGUUAGAUUAGCAUUACUUAGUCUUUUAAAAUUUAGAUGUCGUAGUUUAAAGGAGUAGAGUAUUCUUAGGAGUAGAGAAUAUUCUUAGCUUGCAACAAAAGGCCAACAAAACCCUUUUCAGAGUUAAAAAAAAAAAAAACGGUCUAGCUUUAGUUUCCAUACUGAAAGCAACACUCAGCAGGCUAUGCAGCAGUAAGACUGCAGGAUCCUUGAUUCCCUCUACUGCACGUGUCAAACACAAGGCCCGCGGGCCAAAUGUGGCCACAUCCAAGCGAGAGCUUGUAAGAUCUUAGUGUCUAUAAUAAAUAGGUCAGAAGCGUUCUUUGACCAAAAACUACAUUUCCCACAAUGCUUGUCGAUUGUAUUACCCGCGAAGUUACGGUUUACUGCCACUUCACGGCAGUGUAGUCAUUGAUGUGGAAACCCUGCCGGAGUGAAGGCGUAACUUCGCGGGUGGAAUUGAGACAUACAUAAUGUCCAGAAAAAAGAGAAGCUGAUGCAGCCGGACGGCUGUGCUUCAAGGGGAAAGACCGGUAUGCCUUUUGUGUUACGAAGAGUGUUACUGACCAAAAUAAACGCUUGUUAGGAGAGAUAUAAGUUCUGUGUAAAUAUUUAUAAGACAAUAGCUGACAAAAUCUGUUUUAAUGACGUUAAUAAACAUCACUGGGACAGCGCUAGUCGCAGUUUCACCACAGCAAAGGACGAGGACGUGAAUAACUUAUCUAACCAGCCUUUACUGAUUUCUGACCCCAAUAACCCUUUCAAUAACCUCCAAUAGCCUUUAAUAGUCUUCAGUAGCCUUCAACAGUCUAACCUUGCAGCCGUGGUGUGUUCUAAACUCCGUAGUUAUAAACAUCCUGAGGUUAGCAGCGCGCUAACUGACCUGUUUAUAAUGUAAUCCCAGCAGUGACUCCGUGACGCUGCUUUAAACUGCUGCUGUUAGCUGCUUGGGCUGAAAGAUGAACUGUAGAGAGCUGUAUUAUCUGUUUAGUGGGGUUAUUUUAUUUCAUACACGGAAGAACUUAAAAAUUUUAAAAACGCUCCAGACUGCCUCAGCUGAGCCCUGUAGCCCGUGGCUGGGCUGUAGCUCUGACUGAGUAAAGACUGCGGGCUUGUGCUGCUGCUGCUGCAGCUCCGACUAGUGGUUGUAUGAGGAACUGCUAAAUCUGAGGAAAUGCUAAAUCUAUCACAUGUUCUUAACAGUUCACAAUUUUUAAUUUUAUAUUUAUUAAGCCUUAUUUCAGUAUCAAACGUUUUGAUCAAAGUUAAUGUAACUAGUAUUUUAUGUCAUUUCUAUUCACUUGACUAGUUUGGUUCUUGAUUGAUGGAGUUUUUGGAUUUCAUAACAUGACAAAUUAAAAGGAUUUAUGUUAAUAGAGCAAAAAGCAAACAUUUUUUUCCAUGCAACUGUAAUAUUUGAUUGAAUAAAUAGUAUAUUGAGAGUUAUUUAACAUUAAGGAGUAAUUACAUUCAUUUUAUAUUACAUUUGAUUACAUUUGAUUACAUUUAUAAGUUACAUCUGGCCCUCAGUGGACAGCCAAUAUGCCAAUGUGGCCCUCGGCCAAAAUGAGUUUGACACCCCUGCUCUACUGGUUUUCUCAUUGGUCUAUGGUUCAGUCAGUCUGAUUAAAAAUCUGCAAGUUAAUCUACAGGGAUAUUUGGUUGUGUUGUGUUGCUAAAGUUAUAUACUCUGUUAUCUUUUCCUUAUUUGGUAUCGUUUUGCUAAAGGUUUUUUUUUUUAUAUCUCUAAAGGUACUAAAAAUAUCUAAUCCAUUUACUUUAUUGAUUGUUUUAUCCAGUACCAGCUAUUAUCGUUGUUUUACAUCACCUUAUGUAUUUACUCAUAUUCAUAUCUAUGUGAUUCAAUAAAAGGCUUUUAUAUUGCAAGAUCUGCAAUCUUAUCUAUUCUUUCAACUUAAGCAUUUAGCCAAAAGCUUUUGUACACAGCCAAACAUACAUUCAAGCAACCACUAUAUACAGUGCCUUGCAAAAGUAUUCGGCCCCCCCUUGAACUUCUCAAACUUUUGCCACAGUUUGGGCUUCAAACAUAAAUAUAUGAUUUUUUUGUUUGUUUUUUGUGAAGAAUUAACAAGUGUGUAAGAAUACGGAGGAGUUUUGCCUUACUAUGUUCAUUGUUCAUUGAUUAAAGGGUUAAUCUGUGUGUAACUAAAUCAGCAUUUCACUUAAUCAGUAUGUUAUUCAAGCAUUUAGCACGAUUCAUGAUGAUUCACAUUGUGACUUAGAAUGUAUGUAUAUUGUGUCCUUGUGCUCAAAGCAAGGCCGUUUUUCUUGCAACUUAGCAUGAUUGAUUUUUUCCAGCGGAACCAUGAGUUUCUGUACAUGUAAUCUAUAGUCUGAUAAGGUUGGGGUGACCGAGUUCUCGGCUGACGUAUAGGAUGAAUAACUGCUUAUCAGUAUCAGGAUCCGGGGGGUGUGAGGAGCCUCCUCACACACUAUUAGACUGAGGCCAGGCGAAUGCCUGUUUUUAUUAGACUCUCUGUCUAGGAAGAAGAGUAGAGUUGGGCGGGAGAGCUUCUCCCGAGAGGGACUACAGAGCCACAGGUCCUGUUCACACAGCCGAGAACUCUAGAAACCCCAACUUUUCUCACCUUUGGGGUUUUCCUCUUAUUUUCACCUUUUUAUUUCAAUUCAUUUUUCAAUAAUCUUUUUACUCAAUUUUUGAUGUAUCCAAAAAAAACUGUUUUGCUCAGAAGCAAUUUGAAUUUGAAUAAAUUUGAAUAAAAUCUGACGGAACUACAAUUUUGGACUGGAUCUCCUUUUCUUCUUUAUGACGUAUCAUGCCAGAUACAUCAUAAUUCGAACAGUAGAUCAAUAAUCUUUCAAUCGUGAAGUGGAACGAAAUUUAUUGGAUACACAUUAUGUUGAGAUACUCAGUAUUUUGAGAACAUUGGUAUUUAACUUGUGUGAAACUGACACCAAUAAAUCCAUAACUCCUGCUAUUUA